GUUUACAUACAACUUUGGCGUUGCGUUGGCGUUGGCGUCGCUUCGACAGCAGCGCGAGUGGCGUGUGUUCUUGCUACAAUGAACGUUUUGACAGCGCCGGCGAUGACAUUUGUUAAAGCCACGUGGUAGAGUAAACAACCGGGAAAUAAGAAAAAGUUUAUAAUUUAGUUAAUAAAACGCAAACAAAUACAACAAAGCCGAAUUAUUUACGGCGGUAUAGCUUCAUAGGAAGCCGGCCCAAUUAUUUAAAUCAUCAAACAGACAUUUGUUUUUUUUCCCCAGUGAAAAUAUUUGUGUAUCCUCGAGCGUUUUUAAAAAAAUAAUGUCAUCUUUUAUCGAAAUAAUAUUAAUAGUGCUAAUUAUGUACGAGGCUCGCGAGUGUUUGAAGAAAAUUAAUUCUCGGCGGCGGGAGUGGGUAAGACCUCUUUACUUAAGUCGCGACAUUGAUGGACUAUUUGUAACCAGUUUUGACGAAAUGUACAAAAAUGACCCGGAGCAGUUCAAAACUACGGUGAGGAUGACUAAGGAGGUGUUUGAUUUGCUCUUUGGGCUCGUGAAGGAACGCCUCAUAAAGUAUUCAAACAGGCCGUCAAUUUCUGCAGAAAUGAGACUAUUCUUAACAUUGAAUUUCCUAGCACACGGGGGAACUCAGCAUUUGUACGCUACAGCGUAUAAAAUGGGUCGCUCCACAGUCAAUAAAAUAAUUUUGGAAACCUGCGAAGCGCUUUGGAGUGAACUUGGCAGUGUAUAUUUGUCUGUGCCAAAAAGGCACGAGUGGAAACGUAUAUCCCAUGACUUCAACACUAUUUGGAAUUUCGCGAACAAUGUGCUAGUAGUAUAA